UGCGCGUGGUUCCAGUGUCUAGAAACGUAGCGUUCCACCACCAAACACAACUCAGAUAGAUAUAUCGUUUAUGUACGACGAGUGGAAGAACGCUGUUGAUUUCACCAAAAUUGGCCAGUUGUCCAAAGAUGAGAGGUUGGAAAUGAUGAUAAACGCUGCUCACAAAGGGUGUGACCUUCAGCUCAAAACUCCUGCUGUAAAACAACUUCAGUUUGGAGAAAAAUUCGAUCUGGUGAUAAUGGAAAUGUUCUUAUAUUUCUGCUACUUUGGUCUCGUUCAUAAAUUGGGACAUCCACCAGUAGUUGGCUUCCUUUCGGCUCAAAUGACUCCACAGAUGCAUCGUAUGGUGGCUAAUCCGAUUAACCCUGCAUAUAUCCCAAAACUGAUUACUCCCUACACGGAUCACAUGACGCUUUUGGAAAGAGCUGACAACGCGUAUCAAUUGAUGACUGACUGUAGGGACGUCGAAAGACUGAUAGAAUCUCAAGACGAAAUAAUGAGAACUCACUUCGGAAGUGAAGUUCCUAGCAUCGCUGAAUUACAAUAUAAUACAAGCCUAUUGCUUGCAAGUGGUCAUUUUUCUUCCAGCUAUCCGUAUCCAAUACAACCUAAUGUGAUACAGAUGACUGGACUUCAUAUUAAGGGACCCCAAAAACCACUCCCUCAGGAGAUACAAUCUUUCCUGAACGGUGCGAAACACGGAUUCAUAUACUUCAGUCUUGGUUCCAACGUAAAAAGCAGCAGCCUUCCUGUGUUCACACGACAAGCCCUCAUGGAUGCUUUUUCCGAACUGCCGCAAAGGGUGCUCUGGAAAUUCGAGGAUGACUCCCUACCAGGGAAGCCAAACAAUGUCAUGAUUGCACAGUGGCUACCUCAAGAAGAAGUUUUGGCUCACCCAAACAUCCGCCUGUUCAUCACUCAGGGUGGACUUCAAAGUUUCAACGAGGCUUCAUACUACGGUGUCCCUCUCGUCGGAGUUCCCUUCUUUGGAGAUCAGCAGUACAACGUAGCAAAAAUGCUCAGAUCAGGAAUUGGAGUCAAAAUAGAUUUCUAGGCCAUUACUAAGGAUUCUAUGUUGGAAGCCCUGCGGAAAAUUCUGGAAGAUCCGAGCUACCAGGAGAACAUGAAGCACUUCUCCGCCAUCUACCGGGAGCACCAGAGCACGUCCCUGGAGAGGGCGGUGUGGUGGGUGGAGUACGUGAUCCGCCACCAGGGGGCCCCCCACCUGCGCAGCGCAGCCCUCGACCUGCACUGGUGGCAGCUGCUGCUGCUCGACGUCGUAGCCUUCAUAUUGGCUGUAGCGGCCUUGGCGGCGUUUCUCCUCUACAAGCUGAGUCGGUGGCUCUUCUCGUGGCUCACUCGACCCAGCAAACUAAAGAAACAGUGAAAGUGUCCCUGCAUCACGUGUCAGAAAUCUGACAGACACGUCUUGCAUGCUGCAGUUGUAUUUCGUAGGAGUGCUCCUAUAAUGUGCGCGACUUUCACCUCCUUAACAGACUCAUCCCUGAAAGUUUAAUGAGUGUCCUUGGAGCAAAUCUAACUUCUAUGGGGAAGUGAUAAAAACGCUAGAACAUACACGUCAUGACAACCGGCUAUUCAUAUGUUAGCUGCAUGAAGUUCGACAUAGGAAGAGCACGAGAUCGUGAUGAUCGUCUCUAAGACUGCUCUCUGCAACAAAAUCACGUCCUGCACUGGGUAACGAAAGUCAAGUUAAUGUAUGUUCAUCAAACGCUACUUA